ACAGAGAAAUGACAGCGAGCGCGAACGGAGAGAGGAGAGAGGAGAGAGGAGAGAGGAGAGAGGAGAAAAUAAUAAUAGAAGGGGAGAAAAGGGUUUGCCAGGGCGUAUGUCGAAAACUCGUUCCCCCUCUCUCUCUCUCUUCCCCGUAUGUUGAAAGGAUGCUCUCUUCUUGAAGGGUAGCAGCCAAAUUUUUUUCUCCCUACUUGCGAAGCCGAAUGGCUUGAAAGUAAAUAAGAAGAGGAGAGUAAGACCUUGAGUGCUUAGGUUCUAAUUAUUCAAAAAAGAAACGGAAGUAAAAGAAGGAGAAGCAGCAUAGAACAGAAUUCUGGAAAGGAGGCGGCAAUGUGGAAACUGAAUUUCAGGAACAAAUUGACUCAGAGAUCUCUGAAUGAUCUCCAUGAAGCAGCAGCUAGAGGUUUAAGAGAGCUUUCAUCCGCAUCUUCAUCAUCAGUACUUGUCAGAAGAUUGCCAGCGCUCUUGAGCCGACCCUCCCUAUCCCAAUAUCAAUGCCAAUCGGAAAUUUCGAUACCUUUCGGCACUUCUGUCCGACACCUCCGCAGCGGUCGACAUCAUCGGGACGAUCUCAGUGUCAGAUAUGAAGUAACGCCACCCACCAAUUGGGGCAUCCGAAUCGUCCCCGAGAAGAAGGCUUACGUUAUUGAACGGUUCGGGAAGUAUGUGAAGACCCUUGAUUCAGGAAUUCACCUGCUGAUACCGUUGGUUGAACGAAUCGCAUACGUUCAUUCUCUCAAGGAAGAGGCCAUUCCAAUUCCGGACCAGUCUGCUAUUACAAAGGAUAAUGUCAGCAUCUUAAUAGAUGGUGUUCUUUAUGUCAAGAUUGUGGACCCAUUUCUUGCAUCUUAUGGUGUUGAGAACCCACUUUUUGCUGUUAUUCAGCUCGCUCAGACAACCAUGCGGAGUGAGCUGGGUAAGAUUACAUUGGACAAAACUUUUGAGGAGAGGGAUACCCUGAAUGAGAACAUCGUGAAGUCAAUUAAUGAGGCUGCCAUGGAUUGGGGCCUGAAGUGUCUACGAUAUGAGAUACGGGACAUAUCUCCUCCUCCUGGAGUGAGGGCAGCUAUGGAGAUGCAAGCAGAAGCAGAACGUCGAAAACGAGCUCAAGUUCUUGACUCGGAAGGUGAAAGGCAGGCAAACAUUAAUAUUUCAGAUGGGAAAAAAAAUUCAGUAAUUCUAGAGUCUGAAGCUGCCAUGAUGGAUCAGGUGAACAGAGCUAAAGGAGAAGCGGAAGCCAUCCUUGCUAGAGCACAAGCAACUGCAAAAGGGAUAUACUUGCUGUCAGAUGCUAUCAAAUCGAAUGGAGGUGUUGAGGCAGCAAGCUUGAGAAUUGCAGAGCAAUAUAUCCAAGCCUUCAGUAACAUUGCCAAAGAGGGCACAACUAUGUUGCUUCCAAGCACUGCUGCCAAUCCUGCUAGCAUGAUGGCUCAAGCUAUGUCAAUCUACAAAAGCCUGCUGGGAAAUGGUUCUGAUGGUGGGCUGCAGCAGAUCUCGCAUUCCGGGUCUCCAGAAAACAGCAAAGGUGAUUUUCCUUCUGCACAAGCUAGAGAGGAGAGCCCUGCAGCUGAUGCUUUGAAUGUCAACGAUCCUGACACCAUUCCAUCUGCAGCAGUUUUCACACUACAGAGUCCCAAGAAGGAAGAAUAAAACUGAAGCCAUCAAAACUUGAUCAUAAUGGGGCAAAGCCAUAUUUUGCCAUUCAAUUUUGUCAUCUAGGCAGCUGUUAGCUUCAAGUUUUGUAAUCUACUUUUCGAAAAUUUUCUCUCCUUUUUAGAUGCUUUCCUCUCCAUUGGAUUUAAAAUGGAAUGAAUUGACAAAAUGUGAGGCGGGUGUUUCAUUGGCUAACCUUCA